AUGAUUUCGGCUACGAACUCGACCAGAGACCCGAGAUACAUCAUUGCUGGAGUGGUCGUAUUCGAAGGACAAAAAGAGGAUAUUGAUGUGAUUCGGAUUGGCAAAGAUGCGAGGGAGAAGUAUAGAGAUUUGUGAGUUUUUUUUAUUUUUUUUGUUUGAAAAGAAAGUUUUUGCCAUUUUUUGUUUUGUAAAGAAAGUUCUUGCCAUUUUUUGUUUUGUAAAGAAAGUUUUCGCCAUUUUUUGUUUUGUAAAGAAAGUUAUUGUCAUUUUUUGUUUUGUAAAGAAAGUUAUUACCAUUUUUUGCUUUGGAAAAAGUUAUUGCGUUUUUAAUUCGUUUUUCUGCUGCCUUUCGGUAAUUUUAAUGAUUUUUCGUCUAUUUUUUAAAGUUUUAUGAAUUUUUUGACGCUUUAAACUAAUUUAAAAACAAUUUUUAGGUUUAUACCGACUAACCCACGAGGAAACCGUUACAUACGGGUUCCGCCGGCAACGCACAAAACACGUACAAAUCGUGUAAAUGGUCUUCUUCUAGCUAAUCACACGGGAUUCGUGGACGUUUUGGACGAGAUCAGAAAUGGCUGCCAAAAGCUUUACACCCGUAAAGCUUUCAUCAAACCCUACGCAGAACAUUACGAUAUUGACCACACUGAUGACCUGGGAGAAACAAGAAACGUCAUCGAUGGUCUUCGAAUUGACUACAAAGAACUAGAGUCUGGAACUUAUGAGGCCAGGGAUGUGUAUCCCACUAGGCAGUGGGGGAGUUAA